UUUCUGCUGAGCCAUGAAGAAUCAGUUCAGUGAUUUUCACAAUGGGGGCAACAUCCUGAUCAGUUCUAUCCCAAUAACUGAGCUGACAAUGUACCUAUACUUGGCCCUCGCUGUCCUGCCGGUUGCCUGCAUGGCAGUGUUGCAGCUUCAACUGGACACCAGGGAGCAGGUGAGACUGCAAGGUGAGAGCUAUUCCGUUGACUGCAUUGGACAGGCUGAAACUUUGCAUCUGAAGGUGCAAUGGAUCCACCCACAGCACUUUCCUGUCGUUGUCUCCUACUCCCGGAAAUACGAUCAUCUAUACACAAAGAUAGCAACACUGCGCAUCAACGCUGUGAAUGGAAGUGAUUCGGGAAAUUUCACCUGCGUUGUGAAAGAGCAGAAUGAGACACUAAGUGCUGCAACAAUGCUGUGGGUUGUUGAGAAAGGUUAUGUGCAAAUACUUACUGAUCAAGAAACUGUCCUGGAAGCAGAUGCUGGGGAUUGCCUCCAGCUCCAAGUGAGAAUUGAAGCCUACCCUGAACUAAGGGAGCAUGAGUGGAUAUAUGAGAUUAUGAAUAAUAGUGCUGAUCACAAGUCAACAUUCCUUGCAAAACACAAUAGCUAUGAGAGUUCUCUCUUCUUGGUGCGGUUGAAGGAAAGUGAGAGCGGCACAUACACGUUCUUUGCAUCUAAUGGAGAAGCAAACUCAUCCUUGACCUUCCAUUUAUUGAUAAAUCAAAAGCCGACGGUGACCAUUAAGAAGGAACAAAUUACUGCAGAUGACAAGAAGGACGCUGCAUUUCGCUGCCUAGCCAGUGGGUUUCCUGCUCCAUCCAUUCACUGGUACCAGUGUCCAGCGCACAGAGACAGGUGCACGGAAAAUGGAACCAUCAACUUUGAAAAGCUGAUACCUCAAAAGAAGACGUCCAUUGUUUCUGAGACUCUGUACGGGCGGACAGAGGUGGAGAGUGUGCUAUCAGUCCACAAGGUGAAGCCUGGUUCCCUGCUGGAAUGUUAUGCAUCCAAUAAAGCUGGAGGAAGUUCCUUUUCCAUCUCAUUCCUUGGUGACCCAGCCACAAACGCUCUGUUCACUCCCUUUCUGUCAGGUGCAGUGUCUGUAGCAGUCCUACUGCUCAUCUUCCUUCUCCUGCUGCUCUACAAGUACAAACAGAGACCAACGUAUGAGGUCCGUUGGAAGAUCAUCGAGGCAGUGCACGGGAAUGAUUAUACCUUCAUUGACCCCACCCAGCUCCCAUACAACGAGAAAUGGGAGUUCCCCAGGGAGAAACUCCGCUUGGGUAAGAUCCUGGGAGCUGGAGCAUUCGGGAAGGUAGUCGAGGCCACUGCCUAUGGACUGGGCACAGAGGACUCAGCCACCAAAGUGGCUGUAAAAAUGCUGAAACCGAGUGCCCAUUCCACUGAGAGGGAGGCCUUGAUGUCAGAGCUGAAGAUCCUGAGUCACCUGGGGCAGCACACACACGUUGUCAACCUUCUGGGAGCCUGUACUCUCGGAGGCCCAGUUCUUGUCAUCACGGAAUACUGUUGCUAUGGUGAUUUAUUGAACUUCCUGAAGAACAAGGCCCAGUACCUGACCUGGAACGAUGCACUGAAUGAUUAUAAGAACUUCAUGCACAGCAAAAAGCCGCUAAGUGACUGCACAGAGGGUUAUCUGCCCAUGAGACCCAGGUUGUCCAGUAUGAGCCCAAUGAUUUCUCAAACAGAUUCCUUACCUAUUGAAGAAGAUGAUGACCCGUUGCCAUUGAACAUAGAGGACCUUCAGACCUUCUCCUACCAAGUCGCUACUGGGAUGGAUUUCCUGUCCUCCAGAAACUGCAUUCACCGUGACCUGGCCGCCAGAAAUGUCUUACUGACCAAGGGACGGAUCGCCAAGAUUUGUGACUUUGGGUUGGCAAGAGACAUCAUGAAUGACUCCAACUACGUAGUCAAAGGCAAUGCACGACUCCCAGUGAAAUGGAUGGCUCCAGAGAGUAUCUUUGAUUGUGUUUACACAGUGCAGAGUGACGUCUGGUCUUACGGCAUCCUGCUCUGGGAAAUCUUCUCAUUGGGUUCAAGUCCUUAUCCUGGAAUUCCUGUGGACAGUAGGUUCUACAAACUGAUAAGAAGUGGAUUCCAGAUGGACAGGCCGAGUUCUGCAACUCCAGAAUUGUAUGACAUCAUGACGAAGUGCUGGAAUCUUGAGCCCACAGAUCGGCCGACGUUUGAUCAGAUUGUGAAGCUGAUUAAUAAACAGAGGAGUGUAUUCACAGAGCAGGAUUACACCAAUCUGCCUGUGGAGUACAAGCCUCCGGAAUCUCCAACCUUCCAGUCUCCAGAUCAGCGGAACUGUGAGAUGGUUGAUGAAACUGUGUUACUGAUCAAUCCUUACAGCAAGAUCUGAAAGCUAGACCAAUACAAUCACCUGCGCGACAAAGUUAAACUGAUUAAACUGUGGUCGUCUCUCACUCUUAAAGGAGAAAUCACACAACACCAGGUUAUAGUCCAACAGGUUUAUUUAGAAGUACUAGCUUUCAGAGCGCUGCUCCUUCAUCAGGUAACUAGUGGGGCAGAUUCAUA